GCAGCAACAGCAGCAGCAGAACGAGCCACACGGAGAAAAUAAAAGAAGAAAGAAAAAAAAACCUUCACUUCCAGUCAACAUGCCUCAGUACUCCGAGCUAGAGAACGCCAUCCAAACACUGGUCUCCCAGUUCUAUGGCUCCUCAAAAGACAACAGUCCAACCCUGAAGGUUGAUGAAUUUAAAGGGAUGCUGUCCUCCCAGCUGCCAAACUUGGCCAAGGGUUUUGGCUCAGAACAGGGACUGAGUAAAGCUAUGCAAUUGAUGGGCGUAGGUGACGGAGAGGGCAUCUCUUUCCAGAACUUCUGGAACUUAAUCCAGGACCUAGCCAAGAAACAGCACUGCCUUACCUCUCCGGGGAGAGGCACCCUAUGCAAGUGCGUCGUCCUGUGAAGAACCGGCUCUCAGCCCAACACGUCAGCAAGCAUGUUUCUGUCCUGGAAUCCGAACCCAGUAAACAACUCACACACGUCACUCUCCUCGUCAGGCGUCGAGGACAGAAUGUGAGGUUGCAAAGUCUUGUCUGCACACAGCAAAUUGUUCCCAUCAAAUAAAUAGGAAUUGAAAUUGAACACAUUUGACACAUUAUGUUUCUGACAGUGUGCCGCCCAGCGUCCUUUGCAUCUGCUAAAUUCACUCUUCUUUCACGCGUCUCACACUCAAUCGAACAGCGAGUGUCUACCACACACACAAAGGGUCCGUUCACAUAAAGCGUCUAGAGACACACACACACAGACACACACGGAGGAAGUGUUUUUAAAACCACAGCUUACAGUUGUGUCACUUCUGUUGUUCCUAAGCGACCAAAACCUGGGAGCUGCUGAGGCGACUGUGACGUCGACACACACACACACACACAGCUGAGACACUUCAUCUGAACGGCCCCCUAAAGUCUUUCAGCGCGCUCUAUAGUAACUGUAAGUGAUAUUUAAAACAUCUGCAUGUCAGAGCCAGAACACCCGCCACACUCACUAACGGUCUGAAUGGGCUGGAACACGUCUGUCUGUAGAUGUCGUCGGACCGGUUUGACGCACAUUGAGCCAGACUACGAUUUGCUGAUCCGACACUUUUCUUUGUAUCCAACUCUGAAUCAACUGCUGCAAAAGGCUGCUGGGCAUCAUCACUGUCACUCUCAUCAUAUUAUUUGUGAUAAUUUUUAUCUUUUACUUUUAUUUCUUUUCUUUUUUUUUUCUUUUUUUUUCAUUACCUGGUGAUUCAUAAUGCCCUCAGAUCCUCCUCCACCCAUAAGAUCAGUUGGAUGAAUGGCCCACUGUUUCACACCUACACCACUGAAUCACCCGACGCAGCUCAAAGCUCAGUGCAAACAAACAGUUUUGCCUUUUUGCUUUUUGUUUUUCGUUUGUUUUGUUUUUUUGUUUUUUUUUUAAAAAAAAGGUGGACUCCAUCGAAUGAAUGCAAAUUUUGAGAAAGGAAGGGAACAAGAACAUGGUCUUACAGUGUCAAUUCUUCGCUUUGCAAUGGUCAUGUCACUAGUUUAACCGUGUCAAUGCAGAGUAUAUAGUUGUUUUUUUUAACGCAGUCAUAUAGUAUAACCAACUUUGCAUGUUGCAGAAGAAUGCUGUCAUAAGUAAUACGCAGGCGCGUCAUGCAACAGAUUUGAAGAUUUGAAAUGUAGAGGAACUGCUGUGUAUUUUUUCCAGACACAAACAUUUAAACGAGAUCUCUUUCUUUCUUCCUUUUGCACAGACAUGAUUGCGGCAUUUCUUGCGUCUUAGUAUCUUUACAUUUAUACGAUGCUAAUCAUCUCAUACAAAAACAUCUCCCGAGUGUGUGCUUUAUUAAGUCUCUACUAGCAACGCUUCGUCCUCUGUGAUUCUGCAUUCGCUAUGUAUUUAUAUUUCGCAAUUCUCUGUAAUCCGACCUUUGUGACACUAUAAGAAACAAAUUAUGUAAUAAACCACCAAUAAUAACCAGA